CCAUUCCAAUUCUUCUUCUUCCCCUAUCUCCACCUUUUUUUUUCUUUCUCUUUUUCCUUCUUCAAAAUGAGUUCUUCCUUGUUAUUUUUCACUUCUUCAUGCAUGAAUUAGUUUUCCCCUAACAAUCAUCACCCUCUUUUUUUCUUCUAAAUCUAAACCCUAAAAAAAUAUUCAUCAUUGUUCUUUAUUUUUUAAAUAUCUUUUUGGUUUUUUUUUUUUUUUUAAAUUUUUAAAAAACAUAUAUGGCUUCAAUGAAUUGGUUAGGGUUCUCCUUGUCUUCUCAAGAACUAACUUCUCAAGCUUCUAGUCAUGGAAGUCAUGAAGAUCAUCAACAAUUUACAAGCACUAAUGGAGAAUGCUUUGAUCUUGGUUCAUCCAAUGAAACUUUGGCUAAUCCUUCUCUUAAUCACAUCCCUCUUCCUUUUGGUAUCCUUGAAGCCUUUCAUAGAUCAAACAAUAACCAAUCUCAAGAUUGGAACAUGAAGGGAAACUCAGAGAUUAGUAUGUUAAUGGGAAAUCAAGAAGUUGUUGAAGAGCCAAAACUAGAAAACUUUCUAGGGAAUAGUCAUUCUCUUAGAGAAAAUCAUCAACAACAAAAUCAAAAUAAUGGAGAUAAUUACAUUUUUAAUGCUAAUAAUAAUACAACAACAUUUAAUUUAUGUAACCCUAACGAUAAUAAUAAUAAUACUAUUGAUGAUAACAAUAAUAAUGGACUAAAUGUUUCAAUGAUCAAAACAUGGUUGAGAUCAAACAAUCCUUCUCAAACAAAUAUCAUCAACGGCAGCGGUGGCGGUAGUGGUGGUAGGGAUGGUGUUACCACCCUAUCGAAUGUGCAAACUUUGUCGCUUUCGAUGGGUACGAGUGGUGGGACCCAUCACUCUAACUCCCCCUUGUCGCUAAAUGCGGCAAGCGGAAUUAGUGGUGGUAGUGAAAUGGAGGGUAAACAACAACAACAAAAUGAUACAACGGCCACCCUUGAUGCUCAAAGUGGUGCACUAGAAAGUGUUCCAAGGAAAUCUAUUGAUACUUUUGGACAAAGAACGUCCAUUUACCGUGGUGUAACAAGACAUAGGUGGACUGGGAGAUAUGAAGCUCAUUUGUGGGAUAAUAGUUGUAGGAGAGAAGGACAAACUCGUAAGGGUAGGCAAGUUUAUUUGGGUGGUUAUGACAAAGAAGAAAAAGCGGCUAGAGCUUAUGAUUUGGCUGCAAUUAAAUACUGGGGUUCUACCACUACUACCAACUUUCCUAUUAGUGAUUACACGAAGGAAAUUGAGGAUAUGAAGCCUAUGACACGACAAGAAUAUGUUGCAUCUUUACGAAGGAAAAGUAGUGGAUUUUCUCGUGGUGCAUCAAUAUACCGAGGAGUAACAAGGCAUCACCAGCAUGGUCGUUGGCAAGCAAGGAUAGGCAGAGUUGCAGGCAACAAAGACCUCUACCUUGGCACUUUCAGCACUCAGGAAGAAGCAGCAGAAGCAUAUGACAUAGCAGCAAUAAAAUUCAGAGGAUUAAAUGCAGUAACUAACUUUGAGAUUAACAGAUAUGAUGUGAAAGCCAUACUUGAUAGUGCCACUCUUCCCAUUGGAGGUGCUGCUAAAAGAUUGAAAGAUGUUGAAGAUUUAACACCUUCUUCUGAUAAACAAAUCAUUAGCCCAAUUAAUACUCAUGAUCAUUCCCAUCUUUCUUCUUAUGGUAAUGGGAUUCCCAACUUUCAUUCCUGGCCUGGAAUUGCAUUCCCACAACCCCAACAAGCAAUCACAAUGCAGAAUUACCCUUAUGCUAAUUCCCAUCAACAAAGGGUAUGGUGUAAGCAAGAAGUACAGGAUUGUAACGAUCAUGAUUAUCAGAAUCAUUUUAAUCAGAUUCAGAUGAAUAGUGGGACCCAUAACUUUUUUCAGAUGCAUAAUUUGAUGGGUUUGGAGAAUUCUUCUUCUAGUAUGGAGCAGAGUUCUGGGUCUAAUUCUGUUCUUUAUGGGAAUGGGAAUGGGAAUGAUGGUAUUGGUGGGUAUGGAUUCCCUCCUGGGAAUGGGAUGUCUACAGUUGUAGCUGAAGAUGGGAAUGGGAAUGGGAAUGAGAAUUAUUAUUAUUACUCACAAGGGAAUGGUAGUGUAAGAGGAAAUGUUGGGACUUAUGAUCAAGGAUCAGCUUGUAACAACUGGGUCCCAACUGCUAUACCUGCACUCGGCCCUAGAACCACCCAUCUGGCUGCUGUUGGUGGUCAUGAAGGAGGAGGAAUCCCUACUUUUACUGUUUGGAAUGACGCAUAAAUUCUGAAUACUUGAUCUCUCACUAUAAGCAGCAAUUUCAAAACCACAGAGAAGUAUAACUUAAUUCUAAAGUAUGAAGUUUUUUUAGUAUUAAUUUGUAGUAUUGUUUAACAGAUUUUAACUUAUUAGGAGGAUGAAGUUAGGCAUCUUUUUCAUUUUAUUUUAUAAUAUUAGGUGAUAUUAUAUGAAAAUUGCACAGGGAUCUAGCCUGGAGUUCGGUAAUAGCAAUGGGUUUUGAGUGAUCGGAAUUCUCACUAUUGCUAUGAUUUUGGGAACUUUAGGUUAUUUUGAUUCUCGGAAAGUUUUUGUUUUUUUGGCUGUGUUAGCUACACCAGUCUUUGUAAUUUUGAAUUUUUUAACAUUAUGAUGAUACAAAGAAUGGAAGUUCUCCUUUUUGUAUACAUUUUGCUUUCAACUGUUC